AAGAGGCUCAAAACAGGGCGAAAUCUGUGCUUUUUCGCACCGAACUCACGCGUCCUCAUUUAGCCAUGAGCGCAGAGGCUGAAGCGAAAGGAUAUGGUCAUGGUGCGAAUGGCACGGAGUUCACUUGGAACAAGAGGAAGCUUGGAACAUUGAAAAUCACGGUGUGGAUAUGUGUGGAUUAACCUUGGAAGAAAACCCAAAAACCCUUUGGAAAAGGAGAAGAAGACCAGACACCCCCCCUUCUUUUUUGGGGGGGUUCUGGGCACGAGUGAACGAGGAUUUCGACAUCGUUGCAUUGACAUGCAGGUCGACAUGUCGACAUACGUGCCGUCAUGUGGACCUGGCAAUGUCGGAGACAAACAUCGGUAUAGGCCCACCCGAAACGGAGAACGAGACGAACGUAUGUACGUGAUUGUGGAGAUGAAGUGCUUUUCAAGAUUCAGUACAUGUGUGUCAAUGUGAAUCCGACAGCCAGUCCAAGGAAAUGCUGGGGGAAAACGCUUCACAAGAAAGUCAAGGAAGGAGACCAGGAAGGUGUCCAGCAGCUUCUGAGCCAUGCAGACCCAGGCCUGGUUCAUACCAGAUUUGCAUGGAUCGUCCCCUAUAAAGACCAGGGCGACCAGGUUUGUACGGGAGAAGCGAUUCAUUUGGCGGCCAGCCGUGGACAUGUGCAGCUGUUGAAGCUUCUCAUGCAGCAUGGAGCUCAGUUGGACAGCCAAGUCACCCGGCAAAACUCCAACAACUAUGGCGUGUUACAAGCUGCGAUCUUCCGUGGAGGCAGCGGUGGCUCCCGUGAAAUGAUUACGAUGCUCUGCGAGCAUGGUGCCGAUAUAUCCCGCACCAAUGCCAAUGGGGAUACCAGCUUGCACCUCGCUUUCUCCACUGGAAAUGAGGAAACCAUCCAGGCAGUGCACGAACUCAUGAAAAAGCGGAAAGAGCAAAAUGGCUACUGGGUUCACCCUGAUGAUGCUGAAGGGAUCCGCCCAGAGACGCCCCUUGAGAUUGGCUUCCGUUCCGGGAUGAUGAACCGGGAGUCCCUUGCAAGGAUGGCCCAUUGCUGCAUCAUGUCAGGUAUGUUCAGUCAAAAAUCCCUUGCUCGGAUUGCUCAAUUGAACAGUUUAAGUCCCUGUUAUGUGGCCAGCCUGAAGCUGUUCAUUGAUCGAGCCCCUGAGUGCAUCCCAAGCUUCUUGCAGAUGUUGGGAUCCAGGAGGGAAGAGCUGGCGGAAGCUCUUUGGCCGGAGCAAAAGGAGGGAGUCAUACCAACAUGCGACAGGCUCACCAGUGAUGACUUGGAAAAGCUCUUGCGCAACAGUCCUAGUGCUGCAGAGGCUUUGAUUGAGAGCUGUAGCUUUCAUCCUCCAGACCGAAGCGAUGGCUAUAACAAGCUACCAGAACGUGUGAGCUUGGGCCCGCAGAACGCGCUUUUCAGGCUCUUGGGCCUGUCGCAAUCGUGCUUUCAGUUGAAGUGCUUCUACGAGACGGAUGCCGAGUGGAAGGAGGAGCGGAGCUGGCACAGCCAGCUGACUCAGACGGGGCAGCAUGAAGAGGAGAUGAAGGAGAUCAAGAUCCAACUUUGUCGAGUUCCUGACAUCAUCACCCCUGGGUUUUUCUCAGCAGUGCUAGGUGCUCGAGUCGGAGACAAACCGGCCUUGUUCCUCUUUGAGAGUUUGCCUGUCCGUGCAGCCGUCUCCUUCGUGUUCUGGAAACGUGCAGUUUGGACUGACAUGUUGCAAUUCAUCUUCUCUUUGUGGGGAUUGGGCUUGCUGAUUGCCGAGACAUGGCGUGCCCGCGAGACCAACUGCAAUGGAAUGCUGGCGAACGCAGUGAACGCCACAAAUCAGACAAUGGAGAACCCUUGCAGACAGCAACUGACCAGUGUCUUUACAUCAAGCUGGACCCUCGACAUCGCAGGGAAGGAGUUGCAGCAUGAGAGGGCUGUUGUGGCAGAUUGGAUCAUUGCAAAAGGCUUUGUGGAUUUGAUUCUUGAAAUCCUGCAGUUCGCGGGGUGUCUUUUCAUAAGCCAGAAAGGCUGCUACUGGAACUUUGGCAACUUCUGGGAUCUCUUCCGCAGCCUUUUGCCAAUUUUUCUGCUGUGGUUCUACGACUCGAGGCUGCUUCAAGUCUUAGUGGUUCUCACGUAUUGGGCGCGCCUUUUGGAGGGUGCCACCUUGACUGAGAAGAUUGGUCACGCUUUGCUACCGCUUCAACAUUUGCUUCGCGGCCUGGUUCCUGCCAUUCUCUUCACUCUCUUGGGCUUUCUUGCCUUAACUCAUGCCCUUUAUGCGGUGCACGACCAGGACCUGGACGGGGAGCACCAGCGGCUUUGGCCGAAUUCCGUGUGGGGGACUUUUACCAAGCUCAUUGCAAAUGAAUUGGAUGACACCCCGCUGAAGGAUAAUAUGGAGCAGGUGCUGCUUCUUUUUGGAGUUCUCUUCUUCUCCGUCUUCAUGAUGAAUGUUUUCAUCGGUGUGAUCAAUGAUCAAUACUCCCAGGAGAAAAAGACAGUCCGGCUGGCCUUCCAAAGUCUUCGCGCGCAAUCUUGUUUAACGCAUCUCUUGCGGAUGAGGGUCGUUCCCUGUGACUUGCUCAGUGCCCGAGCUGCUGCAACCAUGUCUGUUUUUUGUGUGAUCGCUUGCGUUGCCGUGCAGGUGGCAGCGCUUGCUGCAGACGUGCAGCUACCACACUCUUGGCAGUUCAUGGCUUUCUUCCUACUUCAACUCUUGACUUUCAUGGCUUCUUUCCAACGUAAAGGAUGUGCAUUUCCACAGCUAAGCUUCUUUCGUGGUUGUGAAUCGGCCAAGUACCUGUGGAUUUGCGAACCGCGGGACUAUGGAGAUGGACGACGACAAAGGCGACACCUGUAGCAUUUGCAGUAUGGAGCACCUCAACUGGGCAGUGGCUGCGGAGCCCAGUUUGCCACCUUUGCCUUUGCCCAAUUUGCUGUCUCGACAAUCCCGAGCACCACGCGUUGCAGCAGCCUGUUGAGUUGGGCGUAUCGGUCCGGCCUCCUCUUUGGCCCUGUGGGCGACGUCUUGAACCCGAUGCCAAUGUCAUGAGCGCUUGGGAUCGGGGUAGUGCAGUUUUGAGAUUGGCGGGUUCUGUACAGGCGAACCCAAGGUGGGGCAGCCAAGCCUCUCUCCCACCGAGUGUUUUAGUGAAUUCAUGUUCGGACUUUCUGGGGCGAGUUUUUGGUCCUACUGUUCGUCACUGUUCGUUGACUACGAGCUUGAGAUUUCAGUCUGAUUUGCUAUUUGCUCCAGAUUGUUGCUCAGUCGAUUUUUCAACCAACCGAUCGCUUAUUUUUUGAACAUCCUUAAUCCUUAGCAACAACAGGGCUGCUCGUUUUUCGUAAAGCUGAACAGUCUUGAUUUAGAAUGCUCCAAAUGUGUGCUCCCAAAAAGUGGGCACAAUUAUGCAUUCGCUCGAAUUCAUGGUGCCAAGCGAACCGAAGAACAUGGCGCCAGCACAGCAUAUCGUAAAAAA